AGCAACGUUGGCUAGAUCGACUCCUAUUGUUCCCUGUGAUUUAGGUUCCUUUGAUUCUCCCGGUUCGGUGACUCUUUCCGUUGGACUCUGAUUUAUGUUUAUGGACUUCUGCCAGUUUGGAGACGGUGUUUAAGAUGGCAGCUGUAUCUUGUUUGGCUCUCCUCCUCGCCUGCUUCGCCGUCACCACAGGUUCACAACAAAACUGUCAACAUGUUCAAAUCGGUGGCACAUUCCAGGUGCCACUGCAGCACAAGCUGCAGCCCAGUGAAAGUCUGAUGUGGAAGCACAAUGGUGCAAGGAUCUUUUAUCGGAAGGCCAACAAAAUCCUCACUGGGUCUAAGGAGAAUGUGACUGCAAGCGGAUCGCUGUCACUCAAGAACAUUGAAAAACGGCAUGAAGGUGUUUACGCAGCGGAGGUCUUCAACGCCGACGGGGAGAUGAUACCAAACAUCAAAAGCAUCAGCCUGUGUGUACUUGCUCCAGUCUCCAAACCUACAGUGAAGGAGAACUGUGGGUCAGCACAUGUAACUUUCACCUGUCAGACCACUGAGAAGAGCAUCGUUUGGCUUCAGAAUGAGAAGGUGAUGGCAGGACAGAACAAUUUCAACCUGACGCUGACCGCUAAAGACAGCAGGGCGGGUCCCAUACGCUGCAGAGUGUCCAACCAAGUCAGCGAGUCCACCAGUGACGCUCAUACCCCACAGUGUCCUCCGGAUGGUCUCAGGAACAGUGAUUCAGAGCAUACAUUAUUGGGCCUUGAAUUCUGGACAAUGAUAAUCAUCCUGAGUGCUGGAGGAGGGUUUGUUCUGCUGCUCAUCAUCAUCCUCGUUGUUUGCUGUGUCUGUGCCAGACGGAAGAAAAGCAUGCAAGUGAAAGAUGAAGAGGAGUUACGUCUGACGUGGGCCCAUGGCGAGCAGCCCAGACAACAAAAUAAUCUGAGUGGUGCGGCACGUCAGCAUCACCCUCGUACCCAUCCGCAGAAAACUCAUCAGCAUUCCGCUGGAAACACGGGACCUCGAUCACAUUGCUCCAAGAAAAACAGAGAGCACCAGGAUGCAAGCAAGGGUCCUCAGGCCAACCCACGCCGACCUAAGCAGAGUCCCAGGCAGCCGAGUGGAGAGCAGGCCCCUCCACUCCCUCAGCCCAGAAGACAAGGGGCAAAAUCACCACGGGCCUAACACCGCCACAUUCACACCAAGAGCUGUGCGACUUUCCUGUUUUGUCUUCCGGUGUCGGUCGAAUUCUACGGCAGUAUUUCUCCAUCAUGGCCGUUUUCUGUGUGUCAGCCAAAAUAAAAUGUCAACCUAGUGUGAAUAAUCUCUAUAAAUAUUUUCAUGUGAAGACACAUUGGCUUCUUAGGCUUGCUGUGACUCACACACGCCCCAGAAGGGUGACGAUUCUGUCAAUAAA